AUGAACUCUCAAUUAGAACAGAUCGAUCAGGAAAUAAUACGUUAUUUACAGAAGAUAGAUAUCAAUUUAAAUGAAUCCUUUAAGAUAAUCACACAGGAUAUUAUACCCAAUGUCAGAAAAUAUGGACAGACAUGUGAUGAUAUAAUGGAUAGUUGUCAAUGGCUAAUAACUAUGUUCGAACAGACAAGUAAUGUGCAAUUAUUUGGCAGUGAUAAUCCAAUAGAGAAGAAUGCAAUCGAUAAUGAGAAUGAAAGAAGCAUAUUUCCUACUAUAGUAGAUAAAGUUAGCAACACUGACAGAAAUAAUAUUAAUACUAAUGACAACAACAACAGCAGCAAUAAUGAUAACACAAAUAACGAUGAUGAUUUCCAUACAGCAAAUAUUACUACAACAGGGCAAAUAUUACAAUUACCUGAAUUUAGUGAUGAUGAAAACGAUGAACUUAAAAAAUUAGUGAAUGAGAAACAGACAAAUAAUAAUAAUAAUAGUACAUUACAACGUCAAAAUCGUAAACGAAAAGUUUCAUUAUUAUUACAACAACAAUAUGGAUCUAAUAGUAGUUCUAUACCAUCACCUGUAAUACAGUCAAAGACAAGAAAAGUUAAUGAUAAUGAUAAGAAUGACAAAGAUACAGAUACAGAUAUAAAUACAAACACAGAUGAUGUUUAUGAUAGUUCACCAUUAAAAAAUGAUAUUCAUAAUAGUACUAUACUACAAUUUCCUACGGCAGAAUAA